CUAUUCUAUACUUGGCUUCACUCUUCUAUAUAUACCACUCUUCUAUAUAUACCACAUUACCACAUCAUUUAGUGUAAAUUUCAUUCUUUGAAACCAAUCUACAGUAUUAAUCAAUAAUGUCAUCCUCCACCAAAACUCUAUGUCUAAUUACCUUAUUUCUCUCCUUUCUUGGCUUUUCCAUGGCGGCGAGGCAACUCACUGAGUCGACUCAGCCGAUGACCUUCCAAUACCACAAAGGUCCUCUUCUUAAAGGCCAUAUUACAAUCAACCUCAUUUGGUACGGCCACUUCAAGCCCGCCCAACGGGCCAUAAUAUCCGACUUCAUCACCUCCUUGUCAUCCCCCCAACGCAAUGGCCAACCAUCUGUUGCCACGUGGUGGAACUCCAUUGGCAAGUACCACCGCCUCGCCGAUCCCAAGAAACCCACCACCACCGCCGCCACAACCACCAUCACCACCCUCUCCUUGGGGAACCAACUCAUAGAUGAAAGACACACUCUAGGAAAGUCACUCACCAACAAGCACCUUGUUGAGCUGGCAUCCAAGGGAGGUAAAAAAGUCAACGGAAUUAUUAUUAACGUUGUGUUGACUUCAUCCGACGUGGCAGUUGAGAGAUUCUGCAUGAGCCGAUGUGGAACCCAUGGCUCGGCAUCCAAUAAAAAGUUCACUUACAUAUGGGUUGGAAACUCGGAGACUCAAUGUCCGGGUCAAUGUUCCUGGCCUUUCUACCAGCCCAUAUUCGGCCCACAAAGCCCACCAUUAGUUUCACCUAACAACGAUGUGGGCCUAGAUGGGAUGGUAAUGAACUUGGCUAGCCUUUUGGCUGGGACAAUCACAAACCCGUAUGGAAAUGGGUACUACCAAGGCCCAAAAGAGUCCCCACUUGAAGCUGCAUCAGCUUGUCCUGGUGUUUAUGGGAAAGGGGCUUACCCAGGGUAUGCUGGUAAUUUACUAGUAGAUGCAUCUACUGGAGGAAGUUAUAAUGCACAUGGUGUUAACAAAAGGAAGUAUUUACUUCCUGCUUUAUAUGAUCCUACCACCUCAUCUUGUUCAACUUUGGUGUGACAGAUUUUAUUUUAGAUGUGUAGAAUUUUUCAAGUUUGUAUAUAUGGAAUAUAUAAUACGUAGUAUAAAUAAACUUUGUUUUUGAAGUUUGUAAAGAUAUACUACCUCCGUUUCAAAAUGAUAUUUAUACUUUAUGUUUUUA